GCCAAUCAGCUGUUAAAGCUGUAACAACUGUUUGUUUAUUUUUGCGAGAAUGCAUAUUAACAAAUUUUAAUCACAAUUAAUUAUGCGUUGUGCUGUCAGGUUUUGUGGCAACAACAAUCGAAAUGGCAAUAAAAAUAAUUGGCGCUACUUUCAUUUCCCCAAACAUAAAGAACAGCUCAAAAAAUGGAUUCAAUUUUGCGAGCGGGACAUAAGAAACCCAACAACAGCCUGCAUUUGCAAUGAGCACUUUACGCCGGAAGACUUUGAGCGAAAUAUGCAAUAUGAACUGGGCUUCACGCGCAAAAAUCCAACUAAAUUAAAGCCCGGCUCCUAUCCGAGCAUCAAGGCACCACGGGAUAAACUUUUACAAAACAAUGCUAAAAAUAAAUGCAGCAACAAUCGAAAGGAUGCGUCGACUUUAAGCCCGCAUCGUUUCUUCAAAGAGCUGGACGAGGCUCCAAACUCCAAUCCACCAAAUACAGAAAAUGGGAAUUUAGUUGAAUUCGAAGAACUAGAAGACGUAGCUGAAAGCAGCAGCAACCUGUGCCAAAACUAUGAGACGAUAGAGUAUAUAAACGACACAGAAGAGUAUACAGAUGCGCAGCUAACUGACGAGGCGCAUCCCGUUGCGCGAUUGGAACUAGAAAUAGUCGAUCCGUUCAAUCCUCAAAGCAAUGCGGAGGAGCAUCUGGAAAUCAUCGAUUCGGAGUGUGACAAUUAUGCCAGGCAUUUGGAAAUCGAAGUGAGCAGCCUCAAACGGCAGGUCUUCUUUCUCAAAGAUGAGCGUAAAAAACUGAUCGACGAAAUUCAAAAUCUAAGGGCAACAGUUCGCAGCUGUCGACUUAAGCAUGCCGAUUCCUUAGAAAACCUGAACUUAUCCAACAGUAAAGCCACAUUAUCCAGACACAGAGUUCCAAUUAAGAAGACGGUUAUGCUCUAUACUGCAAAUAUUGAUACUAUUAGGAAACUAAGAAAAAUUAAUGAGUCGACUGAAUAAAGCAAUCAUAUAGUAAAUAAAUCUA